GGACCGAGCAGUGGGAAGUGUGUCCUCACGAUUAUAAAUACAGCUACCGCCCCACGUUCUGGUAGAACUGUUGACAUGCCAUCAACCGAACAAGUGUGACCGUCUCUGCAGAAUAUUUUCAUAACCACCUGACCAUUGUCAUAAUAAACACACAGUAGUUUUUUGGGGUUUCCGAGUCGUUUUCUAACUCAACGUUGGACUGCAGACAUGUACAACAGCUACUCCAGAGCGACGUUUGGUCUGGAUGCCAAACAGAAGCACAAAGCCAAAGGCAAAAGUUGUGGCUACUACAUGAGAAUUGUGUUUUUCUUCUCUUCUCUGAUCCAGUCGCUCAUCAUCACCAGUCUGGUCCUGUUUCUUGUUUACGGCCAGCCGGAGAAGACGGCGGAGGAGAAGAGAGUAGAAGAGCUGGAACUGGCCUUCAACAAACUGUCCGCAGACAACACUAAACUCAGAAAAGAGAAAGCUGACCUCACCGGGGCCCUCAAAGCAAAGACAGGAGAAAAAGACGCAGCAGACAAAGAAAUAGCAAAACUUAGAAAUGACCUGAACAUGUCGACAAAUAACAUCAAAACUGUGCAGAAGAACCUCGCUCAGUGUGAGAUGAAUAAAAUGAAACUUGCGACUACUCGUAAUACUCCAGCCAUAUGUCCACCCAGCAAUCCUCAAAGUGGUGAUUUAAGGAACAUGCAAAACCUUCUAGAUCAACAAAAAGCUAUUCAUACAAUUCUUCAAAGCAACUUCAGUCAGACGGUCCAGUACCUCAGAGCAGAACUGGACAACGCAGUGCGGGACAAAAACGACCACCACGGCACAGUCAUCAAACUGAGACAGGAAAACAUCGAACAAAAAUCCCAACUCGAUGUCUACACCAAAAAAUGCAAAGAAGACUUCGCAGAGUCCCUGCAAGGCAUCCAGACGGUCACGAGCGCCUUCCUCACCAAGAUCGACAACUUCUUCCCUCACUCGCUCACGUUUCACCUCACCUGUCAGAAACAGCACGAACAGAUCGAGAGAAUUCGUUCAAACUGCACCAGCCUCUCCCGGCAGGUGGAGGACAAGUUUCAGAGCUACCUCGACAGGGUGGGCGAGAAGGUCUCGGCCAUUCAGAUCCAGAGCAGCCGAAUGGAGGUACAGAACGCGCGUCUGAACGCGGAACUGAGCGCGUGCGCGGCGGGUCGAAAAGCAGACGCGGAGGAGAGCAGCAAACGCGCGCAAGACGCGCAGCAGACGUUUGAUAAACAGCUGGAGCAGCUGCUCAGAGAGCAAACCAGACUGAGAGAGUCCAAAGAUCUGCUGGACGCUCAAGUGACUGUGAAGGACGCCACCAUUAUAACAUUGCAAAAGGGAUGCGCACAACAGCCCAGAGCUGUUGGUCUUCAAGGUCCUAGUUCAGCCGGCCUGCAGCCCUCAGCUCCUUCAAAAGGUCACUAAAAGUUGAAGGGUGGGUGUGGAGAAACGAAUGAUCUGAAACUCCAGUCAAGACUUUGGACCACCUUUGAAUCUCAUGCCCUUAACUUUCCUGAUUUUGAGCCUUUGAUGUCUACUGUAAAUAAUGUCACUGAAAUGUUUUGUUCAUUGUAUAGUUGUAUUUAAGUGUCAUGAGCUGUGAAGAACUUUAUUUGGCUGUUUGGGCUUAAGUUGAGCCCAGAUAGAAGCGUGAGCCUCAUGAUACAAUGUUGAAGGGAUACUUCACCCAAAAAUGAAAAUUGACAAUUGACUGUCAUCAUUAACUCACCUUUGAGUUGUUCCGAAUCUGUAUACAUUUCUUUGUUCUGAUGAAGAAAGAGAAAAUAUUUGGACGAAUGCUUAUAACUAAACAGAUUUUGCCCCCUAUUGACUCCAAUAGUAGGAAAAACUGUUUUUUUUUUGUUGAACACAAAAGAAGAUAUUUUGAGGAAUGUAGGACAGCAAACAGUUCUUGGGCACUUUUGACCACCAUUGUACUUUUUCCAGCUAUGGGAGUCAAUGCGGUGUAAAAUCUGUCGGGUCACAAGCAUUCUUCCAAAUAUAUUUCUCUGUGUUCAUCUCAAACAAAAAAGGUAUUCAGAUUUGGAACAACUCAAGGGUGAGUAAAUGAUGAGAGAAUCCUAAUUUUUGAGCGAACUAUCCCUUUAAGUAAUCGAUCUAUUUUUGAAUAAUUUUCUUUACGAAUUUAAAAUUGUCACAGCAAUUACAUGUUUAAACCAUUUGUAGAUUGUCAUGAUGUUUUUUUUUUCAUUUGACUGUUUACUUGUUCAUAUGUUGAUCUGUGUCUUGAAAUAAAUAUGAAAUGGUCUUAUAGUUUU